AUACCGGUGAAGUAGUUAAAAAUUUGGACGUUUGUCAUUUUACUUUCGGACAGCAAAUAUUUGUAUUAACAACUAAUUAAUAAAAAGAUAUAAGAGCUCUAGCAUGAAACUAAAUGUUAAGAGAAUUCUAACAACAUUGUCACCACUUUCCGUAAAGUAUAGGUCAUUACAUGAUGUCCGAGUUCGCUUCGCCCCAAGUCCAACAGGAUAUCUUCACCUUGGUGGUCUUCGAACGGCAUUGUACAAUUACUUGUUUGCCUUGAAAAACAAUGGUAAAUUCAUCCUUAGAAUUGAAGACACCGACCAAACACGUCUUGUGGCAGGUGCCACCAAAUCAAUCAUUGACGAUCUAAGGUGGUCGGGAAUAGUCGUGGACGAGGGUCCUACAGUUGGUGGAAACUUUGGACCAUAUGUCCAAAGUGAGCGCCUGCCUAUAUACAAUGAAGCUGUCCAACAAUUAAUUGAAGAUGGUUCUGCAUAUCGAUGCUACUGUUCUCAGACCAGACUAGAUUUGUUGCGCAAAGAAGCACUGAAACAAAGACAAAUACCCAAAUACGAUAACAAAUGUCGUCAUCUAAAGCAAUCAGACAUCCAAGAUAAACUUUCCAAAGGAGUACCGUUCUGUGUACGUUUUAAAUUAGAUGAUUACAACGAUCCUGUGCAGGACUUGGUGUAUGGAAAUGUUUUUGUGAAUAGCAGUAAGCAUGAAGGUGAUCCUAUUAUAAUUAAAUCUGAUGGAUAUCCAACCUACCAUUUUGCCAAUGUUGUUGAUGACCAUUAUAUGGAAGUUACUCAUGUUUUUCGAGGAGUUGAAUGGCAAAUUUCGACUCCAAAGCAUUUAUUGCUCUACAAGGCGUUUGGAUGGAAUCCGCCAAAGUAUGGGCACUUGCCUUUACUGAUUAAUGCUGAUGGCACAAAGCUUAGCAAACGUCAGGGUGAUAUAAGCAUCAAAAGUUUCAGAGAAAGUGGAGUUUUUUCUCUUGCUUUGGUUAAUUAUGUCAUGUGUGCGGGGGGAGGAUUUCAUAAAGAACAAUCCACUAAACCUUCGCUAGAAACAUUGGAGUCACUCUCUAAAAUGUUUAACAUAGAAAACCUCAACUCACAUCCAGGUAGGUUAAAUCCGGAUUUAUUAAAUGAUUUCAACAAUUUAGAGAUCAGAAGAAAGCUUUCCGAUGAAAAUGAAACCGAUGAGUUGAUUAAAACAGUUCGAGGUAUGGUUCGUUCGAAAUAUCCUGAAAGAAAUAUCGAUUUAGAAACACCAUAUCUUAAAAGCAUCUUAAAGUGGUCGGCGGAGAGACUAUCAAAUCUAUCCGAUCUUACAUCUGAUAAAUUUAAUUUUCUUUGGACCGAUGGCAGUGCUGUUAAUACUAAAGAAUUAACAAAAGGUAAGACUUUCAAACUAAACAACAUUUAUGUGGAUUGUUUUAAUAUUUCAAUUUGUUUUAUAGAUCAGAUUCUUGAACUUCUAGACAGUUUGGAGAAAAUAGAAUUUUCAAAGACUAAUAUUCAAACAAGUUUAAAAUCAUAUUCGGGAAAAGCACAAAUAAAGUUUCCUGUUUUAAUGAAAAUAUUACGUACUUCGUUAAGUGGAUUGAAGGAAGGACCAGGUGUUGCGGAAGUUAUGGAAAUUUUUGGAAAAGAUGAAUCGUUACGUAGAAUUCGAUCUAAUUUAAACUCAAGCAGUAUUUGAAUAGAUCAAAAUAGAUAUAAAUAAAAAAUUAAUUUAAAAAGAAUA